AUGUUAGGUUACAACUUGAUUUAUCAAAAAGUCGAUGUUGCUUUGGAUUUUGAAAAUUAUACCCUUAAGGGAUCAACUCAUCUUAAGCUAAAGUCUACGUUUUCUGAACCUGAUUUUAGUCAAGCAACUCCUAACCUAACUGAAUUAGAUGAAUCUGAGCCUAAAGAGUCGAAAAAGAAUGUGUUACGUAUAAAUUUACCUCUGAUUGGUAACCCAGUUUAUAAACGUGUUUUGUUAAACGAUGUAGAAGUCAACCCUUACAUUAUUAAACCUCUCACCAACAAUAUAAGCUCCAGUGUUCUCAACAGCUCUAUAAGCUCCGUGGAUUUGAUGAGUUAUGAAGGAUUACACUUUUCAGCACAGUCACUAAAUGAUUCUUUCAUGUUUGUUGAGGUUAAUCCCUUAAAGGAAGAAAUUGACCUGGACAUUCAGUUCGACUACUAUGACAUGAAUCCGAUGAACAGUGAAGUUUACUUCCAGAAACAUUGGAUUCUUCCCAGGGGAUCCACCAACUACAAGCUGUACAAACUCUUUGUGACUGAUAAAUUUAGCAAUUUCUGGUUCCCAACCUUUAUAAAUGUUGAUAACUCAGUUCCUACAAAACUGGAAGUUAAUGUAACUGUCCCUAUCCAAUAUAGUGUAGUUUGCGGGUUAAAAUUAAAGGAAGACGUUGAACAAAGGAGUGAUUUAGAACACCGAAACGUUAAUAACCAACAACUAAAGAAAACAUAUCAGUUCUACUCAGAUUAUGAUAAUAAUACUGAUAAUACUGUUAAGGAUGUUGAAAUUCCAAGUGUUAAUAAGGAUAAAGAUAAUACUCAGAAUGAUAGCCCAUCUGUUAAUGAUACAGUAGAUAAUACUCAGGAUGAUAGUCCAACUGUUAAUAAGGAUACGGAUAAUAAUGAUGUUAAUGUUGACAAUAAUUCUAAGGAUGAUAAUACUGAUAAUAAGGAUCCGAAUAAUAGUAAGCCAGAAGAGGGAAAUAGUAUUUUACCAAAUCUAGUUCAUAAGUUACCCAUAUUUGUGGGUGAAUUCGACUAUUUUGACGGCAGUACAGAGGGAAAGAAGAACGAAAUAACAGAAGAAGGCGAGACCGAAGAAGAGAUGGCCCAGUUAUCUAGCCAUUCGUACGAAUUUAAGCCUGACUCAAAGCUAGUUUACGUUACUCUGAGAGGGUUUGGGUACCUUCUGAACCCAACGAACGUGGCAACAACCUUGUGCCUUGAAACUUACAAGGGCUUUCUUGAACCCCAAUUUAACAUUGAUCAGACAGGACUGUAUCUGUUAUUCCUGCCAUAUGGAUCAUUUCCAGAGAACGCGGAUAUUUCAGCAUGCAUAAGAACUCAGAAUUACCUCGAUUUCAAUCGCUGUAGUGCUUUCACAUCGCCAGAGAAUUACCUCUUUUGCUCAUUCACAGACUCCUUGACACAAACGUACCACAAUUUAUACUAUAACUCCAGAAAUAUUGUGGUAUACUCACUAGAAGUUCUACACUCAUUUGGUGAUUUAACACAUGACCCAAACUGCAUUAACAAAAGAAUUGUGAUAGCAAAUGGAUUAUCAAGCUUAUAUACUAAACCAAUUAAAGAAGCUAGUAAGGAAUUGUACCUAAAUUUAAUGCUCCAGAGUUAUUUGGUAGACCAGUUUGUGAAAAGAAACUUGGGAGUUAGCGAGUUUAAGCUAAGACUCUGGGCAAAAAGAGAACUCUUUGCAACACUUGUAGAAUUAAUAGGAGAUUUCUAUCCACUUACAACAGGUCCACCAAACUAUUCACCAAAAUCAACAACUAACAUGACAAAUGGUAAUGGAGAUACUAAAAAAGAAUCUGCCAAAGAUGACUCUCAAAAGACAUCGGACGAAGCAGAAAUGUACGAUAGAGAUGUUAUAACUGAACAUGUCCUAAUGAGUGAUAAGGUUUUUUUACUAAAGUGCCAACUAAUCCCAAACAUCCUGGAAAGCAUUGUUACGAACACCAAUUUCCUUAACGAAUCUUUCAUGAUACACUUUUUCAACUAUUUUUUAAAUCGCUUUCCGGGCACGAAAGUUGUAAAUGACCCAAGUUCUAACGAGCAGAGACAGGAACCACAGUUUGAUAAGGAAAUCUGGGACUGGAUAUUGCAGGAAGUAAUUUUAAGAUAUGUGAUUUUUUGGAAUAAUAAGCCACAAAACAGACUGAACAAAGAGAAACAGUUGGACCCAACCAUGACAUUAGAAGAUAUUCUGAAGAAAGGAGUUGAACACGACCAGCUAAAUGUGUGCAUGACAAACCUCCAAAACUUGAUUAAAUCAUUCGUGUAUGGCACAGGCUGUCCCCAAAUUAGCAUGGGACUAAUCCUUCAACUUCAGCGAAAGGGAACAAGCAUGGACCACCUAUCAUUCAGAAUUGAUGUUACCUCACUACAACCGCCACUGGACAUUAACAAGGAAGGCCAAACUAAGUAUAAUCUUGUAAACAUCACAUCGCAGGGUUCAAAAAAUUUGUUUAACGUUUACAGUUCACUUCUAAGUUUGACGCACUAUUCAGGAUCCUCAAAUCAGUUAAAUUCAGUUCUAAACAACAGAAACAUAAAUAACACGCUCUAUUCAAAUCAAGUAAAUGACCAUUAUUCAAGUCAUCAUAAUAACUCCAUUUUCCCGAAUAACCACCAAAAUGACGGUAUGGAUGGUGAAAAAGGGUUAUAUCGAAUGUUAUUGAAGAUAUAUAAUGUGUUACCGACGGGGUUGAGAGAUGAUAUUGUGGAUUUUGGAGAUUUGAGGGACAACUUGGGCCUGAUGUCGUUUAGUGAGAUAGGGCUGCUGCGCAAGAAAAUGUGCCUAUUCCAGGCCUUUUUCGACUCUCUAGACAUGAUUGGAAGGGACGGCAACUUCGUCAUGGGCUUUGGCUACAUCGGAAACUAUCCAUGGACCUUUUGCCUGGGGUACGGCCCGCUCUGGGACUGCCUUGAAAUGCUGAAAGUCUCUUGUGAUAUUAAUAAAAUCAACGACCUGCUUGUGGACAAUGGGACAAACUACUGUGGAACACAUAUUAAAACUAAUUACAAACUGCAGUACAAUCCAGGACAGUUGCCAAUUGGAACCUCAGGUGGAAUGCCAUACUGGAAAAUCAUACUCAUACAACAAUCACUAAUACAACAACAUCAAAAUAUUAAUCAAUCAAAUAAAGAUUUGAUUAGUGAUAUAUAUAUAUGGUUGGCAUGUUAUAAAACUGUUUUAGUGUUGUGUUUGUCCGGAGGAUAUGCUAAGAAGUGGAUGUUUAACCUGGUGAGUGACAUAGUUGAGGACGACGGAGUGCGAGAAAGUGUGAGGUUGCUGGGAGAUUUAGUACCAGUUAGCUAUAACGUAAACCCAAGAGCCAAAAGAGGGAGAAAAAAGGUCGCCCUAAAGGGAAUGGCCGAGGAUUUGGAAAACGAUCUACAAAAUAACACAAAUUUUAAUUAUAACCAAGGUAUUUGCCCAACUUAUUUAUAUACAAUUCGAUGUUUAGGGAAUAAUACAUACCUUGGAAUAUAUAGUGAUUGUGACCGUUAUCUGAUAGAGUGGAUGAAGCACCUGUACAUGGGUUUGCACCCUGAACUGACGCAACUGGACAACAGGUCGAUAGUGGCGAGAAUUUGCUCUAAGACCAGACUUCCACUCCUCUGGAUCAGAGUGGACUCAUCCUUUAGCCUCCUGGCCAGGAUCAGACGUUGUCAGUCAGGAUCGAUGUGGGAACAGCAGUUGUACUCUGACAAUAACAUAUAUUCACUCAUUGAGGCAUCGCAAGCGUUGGGAAGUAUAGGGAAAUCAGAAUACAUUUCAGAUAACCCAUUGAUAGAGUCGGCCUGCAAGAGGCUUGACAAUAUGAUUAAGAAGCACAAGUCACACCCAGUGAUCAGGGCAAGAUGUAUGUAUUCUCUUAUGUGCCUGUACAAUAGAGACCCUAGACAACACAAGUACUUGCACGGAGUUUUCACAAAGUAUUUGACAAGCUUUUCUAAUUUAGCAACGCACCCGACAGAGACAAGGUUUAUUAUGGAGUACUACAAAGCACUAUGUCUCCUCAGAAAUGAGUUUGGAUUCACACCAGAUUUCGUACUCGAUAUCCUAUGCAAUGCCAUCGAGAAUUUAUCCGGAGCUGAUAUGCCCAUUCAAGGUGCAAACCUCCUUGAAUGCGCGUCUUAUUUGAACUUUCCCAGCGAUUCUUCACACUACACAACGAGAAGAAACAGCGUUUAUAAUCUCUGGGAACUUCUCUGGCACAUGUUUAGACUUGAUGGAAUCCCUGGUAGCUGUUCAUAUGGAAGACUUUUGACCAGCAAAUUUCUCAUAUGCCUCUCAAGACAGUUGUUAUUUUUAAAGUUCUGCGAGUCCAAGUUUAUGAACGAGAAGGAUUUAGGGUUUAGUUUCGACCCACUACUAUUCAUCCCACUAACACAGCACGCACUCCACAAAGUACACUCAGUCUUUGAACUCUCACAAACUUAUAACUCAAAACUAGUACAACGUUCAGCAAUUCGUCUGUCACUUCAUCUACUGUUACACUGCUCAUAUUCUUUUCAGUUUAGUUAUGAUAAUUCUGUCACAGAUAAUAAAUUAAACGGCCAGAAUCAAGAAGACCCUCUAUAUUCAAUAUUAAUGAAUGAAACGGUACAGGAGAGUAACUUGAUAGGGAAAUUGGAGAAGGUUGACGUUGACACUCGAGUAAUGAUGUUAAGGAAUAAUUUAGGGCUUUUGCACUCAGUAAAAUGUGCAUGUUUCCUAUUCUACGUGUUACGUGAUUACGAACUAAAGCAUGAUCUUUGGGAGAUUUUCUAUAGAGUUGUGUUUGAUACUUGCCUCUCAAAGCCCAUAAUUUUCAUGGAUCUCUCAGAUAAAGUGCUUGAGGACUCCAGAAAAUACCUGCUACUCGUACUUAAAAAGGCGUCAGUUACUAAACAACCCUUUUACCUCAACCUCUUCCCCAAAAUACAUAAACUAUAUUAUACUCUAUUUGGAUUUGGAACCAUUCUUCCAAACGAUCCGAAACCUGACCAAAAUCUAAUCAAUCGGUAUGUUUUCAAUAUUUAUGCCUACUAA